AUGCCCCAAGAUCCAAAUCUCUAUGGCCAGCGACCUACCAAGAAGCAAAAGAAGAACAUGGCGCUUUCAUCUUCCCUGGAUUUUACAGCACAGUUGACGUCACUCAUGUCAAGCAGCACAUCAUCAGCACCGGCUUCAGGGCGUACCAGACCCUCCAGGGAACCAAAGGACAACAUAUACCGAAGCAGCAAACCAAAGCAGCAAAGCUCCCGAAAGGACGAUGGCAAACUAGCACUCAAGGAAGUCGCCGGAACGGAAGAGGAGACUCAAAAUCUGGCGCGUGCAAGACGAAAGAUGGAAGACAAGGCGCGGCUAUAUGCAGCGAUGAAGCGAGGGGACUACGUGCCAAAGGAAAACGAGGCGUCUCCCCUGGUGGACUUUGACCGGAAGUGGGCGGAGAAUAUCGAGGGAAAAGAAGACCACUCAAGCUCAAGCUCUGAUGACGACGGAAGCGAUGGCAGCAGUGGGGUAAUAGAGUACGAGGAUGAAUUCGGGCGGCUCAGACGCGGGACUAAAGCCGAAAAGGAACGCAUGGAGCGUCGAGCGCGCCGAGGAUUACUGGGCGCAGAAGAACUCGAGCGCAUGUCAGCGCGACCGAGUGCGCCAGCGAAGCUGAUUUACGGAGAUGCCGUGCAAGCAAUGGCUUUCAACCCGGAUGACGCCGAGAAAAUGGAGGAAUUGGCUCGGAAGCGGGACCGCAGCGCGACACCCCCGGACCGGAAACACUACGACGCUGACAGUGAGAUUCGGACAAAGGGCGUGGGCUUCUUCAAGUUCAGCAAAGACGAGGAGACCAGGACCAAGGAGAUGGAGGAGUUGGCCGAGGAGCGCGAGCAGACUGAAAAACAGCGCCAGACUCGUGAGGAUCGAAAGGAAGCACGGCGUAGAGAAAUUGAAAAGCGCCGACGCAACGUGGGCACACGGCGGGCUCAACGCCAGGCGGACAGCUUCCUCGAGGGAUUGAUGGAUUGA